GACCAGCGCCCGGUGGAGUCGGAGCUUCUUCCAUCGAUUCGGUGACUGCAGGCAGCGCCGGGAAUUUGGUCAGAAAUUGAGAAUUUGGAAUUUGAGUGAGGGACGGAAGGAGGGAGAGACGAAGCGAUGGCUAUGGCGCUGGUCAGGAGCCCGGGAUUGAGAGCCGCACUGACUCGGGCUGAGCUGCCGCCGCUGGCUUCCACCUGCGGCGACGAGUUAUGGACCUCACAGGUCAGAAGCAGGUCCGGGGCGAGCAGCGCUGGAGUCAGUGGAAGGCUCUUGAGGAGCAGGGGAAUGAAUUUGAGCAAGAGGGUCGAGAAGCGGCCCGUGGCAGCAGCGGCGAUUCUGGAUCCCCACUCGUUCGCAUUUCUUGCAGAUUUGCUCACCCCGGAGCUGGACCCGACCAAGUUCGGCGUGAGCCUCGACAUCACCAGGGAUAUCGUCGACGACAGGUCGACCUGGUCGCUGGGCGAGGACGCCAUCAAGCACUUCUACAUGGCAUGCGCCUUCGUCUUCUGCUGGGGCUGCUGCGUGUUCGGAUCGAUGAACGACAAAUUCUACGAGAGUGACACCUACCGCGGUGCCGGCGGGAACGGAACGGGGCACUGGAUUUACGAUCUGGAAGAGAGGGAGGAAGCUGCUGCCCGAGACGAGAUGUGGAGCGAAGAUUUGAUGAAGGAGAUCGAGGAGAAAUCAGAGGAGGUCAGGUUAGCCGAAGAGGCCGAGAGAGAGAGGGAGAAAGAGCUCGUGUAAUGGCAGAACAAUCUCUUGUCGAGGACUCGGUUUUCCCAGGCACUAGCUGUCUACGCAUUUCUCAGAUUCCCUGGGAUUUGAGCCAGAAUUCUGCCGAUCGUUCUAUUCUACCUCCGACGUCGAUUGAAAUGUCGUUAUAUUCUGUAAUUGUAUGGAGGCGGAUUAAUAGCUCAUGUGCACCGAGUGCCAGAACCCCAGAAGCGCAGGCGCAUGUUUCCAGGCAGUAGACGGGCAGUAGAACCUUGUCAUUCACAGUAGGUAGGUACAGUAGAGGGAGCAGGAGUAGUGUGGUUGAGUGCGCAAGAACUGCAACUCACUUGUAAGAUUAUCGCUGGCAUUGUGAUUUAUGUUCAGAAAUUUAUAUUAAAUCCUGAGGCGGGCCGAAUUUGUACAUACUUUGUAUCGAGGAUAAAUACCGAAGCUCCACUUGACCACUUGAGUAGUUGGAUUAGAUAUUUUGGU